UAACAGCAACGCUGGGGCUUGGGCCAGCUGGUCUACCUCUGCCUUCAGCGUUUGCUGCUCCUCUCCCCCCCUCACUGCUGCCAGGGCAGACGGGGGCUAAACGCGCGUCGCCACACUUGGGUCCAGGCUGGGUGCCCUGGCCUGCAUUACGCGGGUGUCCCGGGUGACGCGUCUCUGCUUCGCCCACUUGGGCUUGGCUCACUCUGCCUCCGGGGGCAAGGGGCAGCGCUCUGUGAUCCGUAUCUCCGCUUCAGAGUUGUUUUUGUGUUGCAACUGGCUGGCGGGGGGCCGGGGGGGGAGCAACCUUUUCUGCUUGGGUGAAGGAGGGCUUUGUGUCCCCCCCCCCUUCCCAGCACCCACUUGAGCCUUUCGCCGCUUUCCCCGGCAGGAAUGCAGCGAGCUCUGGGGGCUUCCCGUGCCACCCUUCCCUGCUGGCCCCAUCCGACGCCUCGCGGGGUGACCGUCCCUAUGCGUGGGGGUUUUUUUUUUUUCUGACUUUUCCCUGCUGGAAAAGCCCCCCAGGUGGCAGUGGCAGCGAGGGGCGGCUCUGCCCAGGGUGCACGUGCUGCCACAUCCCUGUGUGCGCCGGCCGCGGCUGUUUCUGUCACCGCUCCCUGGGUUUUAUGAGGGCCCGGGCCUUGCCGUGACAAGGGCCCUGCCAAACUUGCCAGCGUGCGAAUCCUCUGCCUAAACCACCUCCUCCUUCCCCCCCCCCCCACCCCAGGGCCUCCCCAGGCGCCUCCCCAGGCGCGCUCAGCCCUCGGAGCGGCCACCCCGGUUCUCCACACCUGAUGGAGUUAAGGAGCACGCUGAUUUUCCUGUUGCAAAGCCAAGCCCCUGCAGAUGAAGUUGGGGUCUGAUUUCUGCGCAGCAAAGCUGUGUUUAUACAUGUAAUUUUAGAAAAGGCAGAUGCUCUGUCAGGGCUUGGACUUCGGGGUUUCACGGUGGGUGCAAAUCUUGCAACGUGCAGCUUUGAAUGCAGAGUUAAAGAGCACGUUGAAUUGGGUUUGACCCCAGAGCUGAAGUUUAGUUGGAGGGAAACGGAAGAAAACAAGAUCAUUAAAGCUGGAACCAAUAAAAAUGUUCCCAUCAUGUUUUUGCUGGACGUUUGAGAAGAAAACAGUUUAUCUUUUGAAUAAAUAAAACGGAGAGGCAUGGGCUUGCAGUUCAAAGCCCUGGAUUCAAAGAGGGUGAGAUUGGUUCGGCUCCAGCAAUUGCCACAGCGUCCGAUGUGACCCGGAGUCGUCCGGGGACCUCAGCCUGCCUGGGUCCGCCCUCGCCAGGGGGGCUCUGCCAGGCUGAGGGGCAGCCGCCCGCCCGGUCUGCAGGAGCUCCGGUGCGCUGGUGGUGGGAACCGUGGGCGCUGCCAAGAAACGUCUUUGAAACUCAAACCUGGCUUCGGAAAGAAGCUGGAAGACAAACCGGCUCUGCACAAACACCGAGGUUAAUUCUUUGCGGGGCAUUGUACAGGCCCAGUGACAUGUAACUGCGGCGGCGGGGACAGGCGAGCCGGUUUCGAUUCACCAGCGCUUCCCGAAAUCUGAAUGAGGAUGUGCGUGGGAAGCGCUGCUGCAGAGAUGCCCCUUUAAACUUUGUUUCCCCCCCCCUUUCUUUUUUUUCUUUUUAAUUGUUCCUGGGAGUUUAAUUCCAAAAUUAUUCUCCCGCUUCUGCUGUGGAAACAACAUGCUUCAGCCACAAAUCCUUUUAAGGCUGAGCUGCAGAUUGCAUCCAGCGCGUUACCACGAGGGUGAAAGCAGCCGUGAACGCCCCCUCGCUGGGAAGCUCAGCCAUGAUGCUGCAGGGCUGUCCGGCUGUCUGUCCAUCCAGCUGUCCGUCCGGCUGUCCAUCUGUCUGUCCACCGGCAAGCAGCAGAGCUUGGGCCUCCCCCCCUGCCUGCGCCGUGUCCCGAGGUGCUGCACGCCCUGGGAUCCCGCCUUCGUGCCGGGGAAGUAGAGGAGGGUUUACAGGGGAUGAAGUCAGAGUCAGGCCACCGCAUGCUUGUCAGCUUCAGGUUUUGCUUGCCGGUCGCCGCUGGGCUUGCGGGCUCGCUGCGCCGGGGCGUCUGCGGCCGUGGGGCAGGCAGAGCCACAGCGGCCCCGUCGCCCUCGCAGGCCCCCAAGUGCUGUGUGUGAACCGCAAGCUGCGGGGAGGGCUCGCCAUGCGCGGAGGCAGAGCAGGGGUUUGGCAGCUGCCCGCGGGGACGUGAGUGCCGCACCGCCCCUGCCCGGCUGCCCAUCGCCCCCCAGCAGCCCUUUCUGAACCUCUUGCCCUGAAGCAAACCCAGCCUCAUGGGGGAGAGGAGCAAGUUCUCAUGAGCUUCUCCAAACGGGGAGCAGCAGUGAUGCUGCAAUUCCUGCUGUUUGGCAGGGGGCUGCUGCGGGAAGCCGGGAUGGAGGCUUGGUUUUGGGAGAGCAGAGGGGCAAAUCUGCGGGAACUUGGGUUUCGUUAGUCUUAUUGCUCAUGCAGCAGCUCGUCUUUGUGAGGCUGUUUAGACAUCUGGCUCUGUGGGAUGCACAUCGGCACUGACUGCCCCUUAAAAAGUCCCGCAUCCCAAACUGACCCUCUUUGCUCUCUCGUCCAUCGCUUUGCUCCUUCUGCGUCUCAGCGCCUCCUCCCCCUGCCUCUCUCCCCCCGGUGACGUUUGCAGGAUCCGAGCUCCGCGUGCUCCUCCGCCGGAUGCGCUGGGCUCUGCCAGCAGCCGGAUGAAGGGCCGUGCCGUGCCAGGGAGAGCCAGUUCCCACGGUCUGCCAGGCCCCGCUGCCCUCCUGCGCCGGCAGCCCAUGGCUCCGCAACCCCAGCCCCAGCUUCAGCGCUGUCGGGCUGUGAUUUACGGCUGGGCGAGAGCGUCCUGCUUCCCGGCCUGCUGUUCAGGGCUACGCUGGGAAGGGCCGAGGUGGGGGUGCUGCUGGUGGGCGCCCUGUGAUUUUGCAGAAGAUGCAGCACUUUCCGCUCAUUUUGAUCACCCACUGCCUCCCUCCCUCCCAUGCCCGGAGCUUUCCCAUUGGCAUGUUGGCAUAUGGAGCCAUCCUGCAGUUAAAGAGGGAGAAAAGCCUCGGGCUUCUCCCCCCCUCUCCUCCCAGCAGCUGACAUCUCUCUUGGGUGCUUUAAAAACGAGCUGCCUCCUUCUCUCCCGCCGCCUCCCAGCCGCCACCGGGCUUGGGGGAGCUUUUGCUCGCUUAUUUUGCUGCCUGGCAGACAGGCUGCAGAUUUAGCAUCGGGCCUCUUUGCUGCAAAGUAGGAAUAUGUGAGCUGCCUGCAUCGUCACAGCCUGCACACGGCGCGGCUCGAGCGCCUCAGGGUUGAGCUGGAUUUUGUUGAAAAAAAGCUGCUCAAAAUAAGCUGCAAUCACUCAGAGAGGAGCACAGAGAAGGUCCCUGUUUGUUGAGCAACCUCCGUCCGGUGGAGCGGUCCCGCGCUGAUCCCCCUCGUGGGAUCCCUGGCCAAGGCCCCAGCGUGUCACCUUGGCUGGGAAACGCGGCUCGUCAUGGCUCUCGCGCCCCGCAGGGCGCCGGCACCCUCGGGUGCCCGUCCCUGCAGCGCUUUCCCCACGCUCGACCCGGCCCCCCAGCCGGGCGCCGCAGCCGGCCUUGCAGGUGGUUUAUAACCGGCUUGUCGGGCUCCGUAGCGAAGGCAAAGAAGUCUUGGAAGUUAGGAAGAGCCUGAAUUAAAGUUGCCUGGCAACCUCCAUUCGGCAGCGCUUGCCACGCGCUGCAGCAUCUCACAGCAUUUUUCGGCCCUCCCCAAACCCAGGUCUGCCGGCUCCGCGGGGCAACCGAGCGCUUGGCGGCUGCAGCUGGCCGCAGGUCUGCUGCUUGCUUCAUGGCUUGGCUUUUCUUGUGUUGCACUCGCUCCUUCCCACGCCUGUGGCCAGGCGGUUCAAACGCAUCCGUUGCUUAGAAAAACGUGCCUUUCCCAGGCAGUGCUCAGGCGUCUUGUUGCCCAGCACGGGCCAGUUCGGGAAAUCGGGUCCCCAACACCCUCAGGCCCCGGGCUGACGUCUCGGUGUCCUGGCUGUGCUGGGCAAAUAACCCCCUUUCUCUCUUUAAAAAAAUUUUUUUGCACUGUGGUUGCUCUGAAAAUGAGCGGUUUGUGGAGGAUUUGGUGCAAUUGCAAGAGCAGCCUGGAGGGAAUUGGGAGCUGCAGAGGCAGCACUGGAGGGGAAACGUGUGCUGCAAAAACCGGCCGGGGCCGCAUGUGUUCACCUGUGAGCAGGUUGGGCCGUUUUAGCUGCAACCUCGGGGCGACCCACGUGGGUCCCUCCGAGCUGCCACAGGAGCGGGGAUGGAUGCUCGGCGCGAUGCAGGUGGUUUCACCUGGCGCCUUGAUCCUUUCUGCCACCUUUCCUUUAAAAUUGCAAAGCAAAGGUCGCUUUCUGAAAUGGCAGCCAUGCUGGGGGCGAGAAGACCCCCUCCCGGCCCCGCGCCUCGGUUUCCCCGCUGGGUUUGCGGGAGGAGCACACCGUGGGGCGGGAGCCCGGGCGGCAGGGGCUGCAGCCACCCGGCGCCGGUGGGAACGGCCCCAAUCCUGCACACAGGUUUACGGACCUGCACACCGUAAACUCCUCGCGGCUCCUCUCCAGAGCGCUGACAGACGUUUCGUGUUGUUGUUAGGUUUUUUUUUUUUUUUUUUUUUGCCUGAUCUUUUAUCUUUGGGCUUGGAGGAAAGGUGAAGGAUUCAAUAGCAAUUAGAGCAUCGCUGCAGCAGGCUGGCGUUAACCCUUGCUGCUCAGGGACGCGCGAGCCGGCUCUGGGCCCGGGGAUCCGGUUUCCCCGUGCGGCCAUUCCCCGUCCUUCGGCAUCGGUGGUGGCGCCUCGGCAGCGGGGGGGGGGGCUUUUCCCGGACAUUUUCUUCCCGCACCGGGCAGCAAUUUCGAGUGGGGUGAAAGGUGGUUUCGACACCCUCCUGCUCUUUCUCUCCAUCCCGGGGUUAAAAAAAACAAACAGAAAAAGAAAACAACACCAAACCCAGCCGGGAGCAGCCCUUCCCUUCGAGUGAAACAUUAACCGGCUCUUACAGCUCACUGAUUAAUUGUCCUUUAGGACAAAGUUACAUCUGAUCUCGGGCAAAGGAGCCUUUGGGAAUGGGCGUAGCUGCUCCGGGGGAAGGAGGACAGCCCAGCCCCAACGGCAGGGGAGGCGGUGGCCCCUGCCCUCCUGCCAGCCCCGCGUGGGCCUUACGUUUUAUUUUAUUUAUUUAUUUAUUUUUUUCCUGCUCUGGCUCUGUGCUCAUGCUGGUUAAAUUUUAGAUGGGGGCGGCAUUUGCCAGAGUGCUCGUGGCCCCACUGCCCCCUCGCCCCGGCCGGCGGCAGCAAGCGAAGCGCAGGGCUCAUUUGCCGGCCAGAGACAGAGCGAUCCUCGCUCCGUGCUGGAGCCCCCUCAGGAAGCGGGGACGGUUUCAUUGCCGGAAAACGCACGCCCGCGUUUUGUGCCCGGCUUGGCCUGAAAGCCCUGUUAGCUUUCGCUUGGUUUGGUUUUGAACUCCCCUCUGUCAGCAGCCCGGGGAGGUAUUUGCUUUAGGGAAACCGUCUGCAGCAAGCGUGUUUGAACAGCUUUUCUGAAGGGCUAGGUAUUUGAUUUUUUUUUAUAUAUAAAUAUAUAUAUAUAUAUAUAUAUAUAUAUAUAUAUAUAAAAGGCCACUAAGCAAGCACAUCAGCGCUGGUUGCUUUAUGGGGAGGUCUCCUAGCCAGAGUUUCCCGGCUGUCUCGUUCCUCAUCAGCGCUUUCAAAAUUAACGGGCCACUGUUGCUGGAGUGGGUGUCGCUGCGCUGGGCUUCGGACGAUGUGGCCACGAGGGGACCGGGGGGUUGUUCAGCGCCAGCUCGAAUCAGAUGUCGAGAAGACACCAGUCAGGUUUAUGGCAUGGCGAUGGCUGUUGAUGCCCAGCUCCUCCAAGCUUUGCUGAGGGCAAUGGCUUUCCCAGCUGGCUCCAUGGGGAAGAUGCCCUGGCCCCGGCUGCGCUCACCGGCCACUUUUCCUGGCGGCCAUCUGGAGGGAUGCUGAGCGGUACCCGCACCGGUGAUGCUCAGCCCAUCUCCCGCCAGGCACAGUGGUUUUGCGCCUCCCGCUGGAGCAGGGGCGGCUGGAGUAGGUGGGAUUUGCAGGAGUAGAUCCGGUUGGCAGCCGUUACAUGGUUUUGGCCAGGGUUUUCUCCCUGGAGCUGCAUCUGAGGUGGAUGCUCAACUUCAAGGCAGCUGUGAUGAAAGAGAAACUGAAAUCUAGUGGAAAAACACUGGGAGGAAAAAACAAACAAACAAACAAAAAGCCACUCUCUCUGGAGAAGACUCGGUGAAGAUGCCAAAUGGCUCCUGUAUCAGUUUUCCUUUGCCCUGUGUUGCCGCUCGGGAUCUGAAACGUCCUCAAGGGAUUGCUGAUUUCGGGGGGGGACUCCGGAGAUGUGAGUCCUCCCCAAAAAACCCAGGGCACUUCCGACAUGAGGGCUUUUCCUCUGUGACAGAGGAGUCUGUUUCCCCGGGCUCUGCAGGAGGAGGCUGGAAAACUGAAAACACCUGGGCUCUUUCAGCGGUGAGGCGAAGAGAGCUAUUCUCUGCAAUUUUGGGGCUUUCCUUUCUUCCCUGUCUGGCUUCUCGCUCCCCGAAGGGGCUGCAGGGCGUUUGGCUUGCCUGGACACGUGUAAAUCCCAUCCGGGCGCCUUCGGGGAAGGAGCAGACCCUGCGGCUCCCCGGGAGCUGCCUGCCCUUCCCGCAGCAGGUGCCCCUGGGGAGCGGGACUGGGGUGACCAAGGCACCCAGUGUGGCGCCCCACCAGAGGGUUUCCUCCGACCUGCCCUGGUGCCCUGGCCGGGACAAGCCGGGCACAGAAACGGCUGGAGCAAAGGAAGGAGAAGGCUAGAGCAGACCUUGGAGGAAAUACUUGUGGUGCUGCACUCGCCGGGGGCUGGAUUUGGCAGCGCAGGGGCUGCUCUCCUCUCCUCCUCCCCGGUGCCGGGUGCUGCCUCAAGCCUCACCAACGCUCGACCCGCUCUUUCCCAAGCCCGUCGGCUUGCAGCGAGCGGGGCAUCUGACCUGGUGCUCUGCGUUUCAGGAGCGCUCAGUGGCCAGACCCAUGCUGGGCAGCUGGUGAGCCUGGCCCCAGGACCCGCUUCCGCAGCCCGGCAGCAGCGGGCUCGGCAGCUGCCCUCACCAGGGGCUGGGGAAGAUGAGCGGAGGUACAGCCCAGCUCCUGACGGCCCUCUUCGUGACAGCGGUGAUCGGCUACCCAUCGCGGCGCUCAGCCACCGACCUGGACGCCACUCCCAGGAUGACGGUCACCUUUGACGAGCUCUCCGGCGUGCGGCGCUUCAGCACCCGCACCCUGAACUACACCACGCUGCUGCUGGAGGACGAGCGUGGUGUCCUCUACGUGGGCGCCCGGGGGGCCAUCUUCGCCCUCAACUCCAGCGACGUGGCGGACGGCUCGCACCGGAUGAUCCACUGGGAAGCAUCUCCGGAGAAGCAGAUGGACUGCCUGCAGAAGGGCAAGAACAACAAGACCGAGUGCUUCAACCACGUGCGGUUCCUGCAGCGGCUGAACAGCACGCACCUGUACGCCUGCGGGACAUAUGCCUUCCACCCGCUCUGCACCUCCAUCGAUGCCGACAGGUUCACGUUACCAUCCCACUUCGAGGAAGGCAAGGAGAAAUGCCCCUACGACCCCUCCCGCGGCUACACCGGCCUCAUCGUGGACGGCGGCUUGUACACGGCCACGCGCUACGAGUUUCGGAGCCUCCCCGAUAUCAGGAGGAACCUGCACCAGCGGCCGCUGAAGACAGAGGAGUCCCCAUUGCACUGGCUGAACGACGCCGAGUUCGUGGCCUCCGUGCUGGUCCGUGAGAGCCGGGACAGCCCCGUGGGUGACGACGACAAGAUCUACUACUUCUUCACGGAGCGGGCUGGCGAGGAGACCACGUCCUUCCUCGACAAGAGCCAGGCGGCCCGGGUGGCCCGGGUGGCCCGCGUGUGCAAGAGCGACCUGGGCGGGAAGAAGAUCCUGCAGCGUAAGUGGACGUCCUUCAUGAAAGCCCGUCUGGUCUGCUACAUCCCCUACUACGAGGUGCUGCGCAGCGUGUGCAGCCUGGACGGAGGCGGCUGGCCCAGCACCGUCUUCUACGCUGCCUUCACCCUCUCAGCCCAGUGGAGGACCAUGGAGGCCUCAGCCGUGUGCCGCUACAGCAUCUCUGAGGUGCAGCGAGCCUUCGAGGGCCCCUACAUGGAGUACCAGGACUCAGCCCGCAAGUGGUCCCGCUACGAUGGCCGGGUGCCUGAGCCCCGGCCUGGCUCUUGCAUCACGGACCACUCCCGCAGGAAGGGCUACAACUCCUCGCAGGACCUGCCCAACAGCGUGCUGGACUUCGUGAAGCUGCACCCGCUCAUGUUCGAGGAGGUGCAGCCGGCCGGUGGGGAGCCGCUGCUGGUGAAGAAGAAUGUGGUGUACAGCCGGCUGGCGGUGGACAGAGUGCGGGCCCUCGACGGGCGCUCCUACGACGUGCUCUUCAUGGGGACGGGGGAUGGCUGGAUCCACAAGGCCGUGGUGCUGGGCUCCAGCAUUCACAUCAUCGAGGAGGUGCAAGUGUUCGGGGAUCCCCAGCCCGUGGAGACCCUGGUGAUCUCCCGCACCCAGAGGAGCCUGUACGUGGGGGCGGCCAGCGGGAUCCUGCAGGUGCCCCUGGCCGCCUGCGCCCGCUACGCCUCAUGCUACGACUGCAUCCUGGCCCGCGACCCCUACUGUGCCUGGGACGGCCAGGCCUGCCGUGAGACGGCCUCGGCGGACAGCACGGCGCUGGUGCAGGACGUGCAGCACGGCAACGAGGGAUGCCGGAGCAGCACCGCGCGGGCCUCCCUGCCACGGAAAAACCGGACGGUGCUGCGGGGUGACGACGUGCUGCUGCCCUGCGACCAGCGCUCCAACCUGGCACGGGCCGUGUGGCUGCUGAACGGCACGGAGGUGCCGGGCGCGGGGCAGGAGCGCCUGCGUGUGGGGGUGGAUGGGCUGCUGGUGACAGACACGCUGCCUGAGCACAGCGGCGAGUACCGCUGCUACGGCGAGGAGCGGGGCCUCCGGAUGCUGUUGGCCACCUACAGCCUCACCGUGCUGCCCGAGCUGCCCCGCGCCGCCGCCACGCCACCACCUUGGCCCCACGCCGCCAGCCAGGCGGCUGGCGACAUGAAGGUUGUCUACGUCUCCGCCAUCACCAUCUUGGUGGGGCUGUGCACAGUGCUCAGUGCCGUCCUCCUCUACGUGUCCUGCCUGCAGAAGCGCAAGGGCAAGUACAUCCUGGGGGAGCUGCGGCCCUCCAGCGUGGAGCUCCAGACCGUCUCGGCCAACUGCCUCCGCAAAGGCCGUGGCGGGGCAGAGGAGGAGGAGGACGACGAAGACGAGGAUGGGCUCGCCUACCCCGACGGCUGCUUGCAAAUCAUCCCCGGCGAGGCCCCCACGGCCGCAGCGUCCCCGGCCAAGGAGCCGCCGGCCGCGGUGCCCCCGCCACCCCCGCCGCUGCCCUCCGAGCUCACCAACGGCGUGGGCACCCUGCCCAACAUGCUGCGCAAGAUGAACGGCAACAGCUACAUGCUGCUGCAGCAGCAGGAGGAGCCACUGGCCUCGCCGCUGUACAGCGCCUCCUUCACCGAGGAGCUCAGCAAGAUCCUGGAGAAGCGGAAACACUCGCAGCUGGUGGAGAAGCUGGACGAGAGCUCCGUGUAGGGGCUGGGGGGGCCCCGGCAUCCCUGGCCCCCCGGGACCCUCCAGCCCUCACCCCGGCCCCUUCUCCCCACCCUUGCCAGCAGUGUUACGAGACUCAGGCAAAACUACCUCCUAAAGCGAAGCGCCAGGCCAGGCCCAGGCUCGGCGGUUCCUUUGGCUUUUCACUCACUUUUGAGACUCGCUGUACAAAGGAAAGAAAAAAGAAGACUCUAUUUAAAUUUUGGAGCUCUAUUUAUGUAUAAAAACCCACCGAUGGCGGUCACCAGCUGGAGGCAGGAGCCAGAGCCGGAGCCGGGCUGAAGGUGGAUACGGGGAGGGGGGGAGGGUUUCCGUCCGUCUGUCUGUCCAGGUGAGAGAGACCCUGUCCCACGUGUGUGGACUCCGCCUGCCCCUUCGGGUGUCCGCCAGCCCUCAGAGCACGAGUGCCGGAGCCGGAUGGCUGGUGAGAGGGUCUCCUCUCCCAGAGAGGACAGUUCAGCGAGGGACGGUGCCGGGGUGAGGAGGCGGCGCCCAGGCAAUGGGCGAAGCGAGCGGGGAGGUCACCGGUGCCCGCUCUAAGGAGGGCGCAGCAGCCCCAGGGUGCCGCCGGCCCGAGGGCAGCGACCGGGACGUGGCGACAGGCAGCAAGACCCCAGAGCUGGAUGUACGCAGGAGCCGUGGUGGCGUGGUGCAUCCCCUGCUGCGGUCCCUCCUCCCAGCACCCGCGGUUCCCCACCACCACUGUCCUGGCCGGGCCGUGCUGCUCCCCUCCCACGUGGCACCAGGGAAGAUCUGGGGCUGGGGGGAUUGGGCACAGCCCUGUUCCCCCCCCCCCCCCCCGCUUCGAUGUGCUGGAGGGGACGGUCCCCACAUGCCCCCAAGAGCCCUGGAGAAGGGCCUGGCUCCCCCGGGGCCUCUUGCUCUCUGUGGCGCUACCCUGGGGAGCCGCUGUCCCUAAACCCCCCCACCCAGCUCUGCUCCUGCCUCCCCACCAGCCUGGGGUCCCGGUGGGGGCAAGUGUGCCCCAUGUCCCGGGGACAGGGGAUGACACGGGAUAGCCCAUGGCCCUCACAUGUUCCUCCCUGGCACCUCCAGUGUCACGGCGCUGCCCAGAGCCCAGCCCCACGGCGCGACCAGGGAAGGAGCCCUCGGGUCAGCAGUGGGCCGGACCCCCGGCCCUCGUGCCCCAGAGGAGCAAGGCCUCGUGGGCGGAGGGCUGAGCCAGGCUCCCGCCUUCCCCCGUUUUGCUGGCAGGGAGGUGUCGGCUCAGAUGCCCCUGCUCAGCUCUGUGCCUCGGUUUUCCGAAUGCCCUGGGCACGCCUGGCCCCAGGCAGCAGGGUGCCCACACCUGAGCUGUCUCCCCGCAACCUCGCUGUAAGGCAGGAGAAGUGCCCCCCAAGCCCUGUGCCUGAGACAGCAGCCUCAUCCCCGCUGCGUCCAGCCCCCUCGGCCUGGUCCCUGGUCCGCGCAGCCCCGGAGGUGCCAGGGCUGCCCCCAGGGCAAUAAACACGGCUCUGUCUGGA